UUGACUGAGCGACUGUCAGCGGUCCAGCUGAGGGUAAGAGAGAGAGAGAGUACGGUGGAACGGGAAUAGAAGUUUGAGCAGACUAAGGAAACUUUGACGGCAGACCCGACAUUAUCCAACUUGUGAAUUAUUUGUAGGCUAAAGCCUGUGUAUUGUACAUUUUGUUAAUCGGUGAAUAAAUAGGCUGUACAAUCCUUGGCAGUGUUCUGAGACUGUACAGCUGCCAACUGCUUCUGAAGGACAACUUGUUUAUGAAAUGGACUUUGCGUAAAGAGCAAUUACAUUUUCUCAAUUUGACUUUCAAUACGUUUUGACUGUGUGCGUCUUAUGUUGCUUUAAAAUUGUUGAGAAAGUGGACUGAGUCGGACUUUCGGGGAAAUUCCAAUUGUUACUAAACUUUGCAAAAGAAAACAUGACUGCCGAUAAGGACAAGAAAAGGAACAGUUCGGAGCGGCGUAAGGAGAGGUCUCGUGAUGCGGCACGCUGUCGUCGUAGUAAGGAGACGGAGGUGUUUUACGAGCUAGCCAAUCAGCUGCCCCUCCCAGACAGCGUCAGCUCCCACCUGGACAAAGCCUCCAUCAUGAGACUGGCCAUCAGCUUCCUGCGCACCCGCAAGGUCAUCGGUUCAGGCUGCCCCAACAGUGCAGACGAGGACAGACAGAUGGACUGUAUGUAUUUGAAGUCACUGGAGGGGUUCGUCACUGUGGUUACAUCGGAUGGCGACAUGAUCUUCCUCUCAGAAAAUGUCAACAAGUUAAUGGGCUUAACACAGGUGGAGUUGACCGGACAAAGCAUCUUUGACUUCACCCACCCCUGCGACCACGACGAGAUUCGCGAGAACCUCAAUCUGAAAACCGGUACUGGGACAAAGGGGAAAGUCUUCAGCACUGAGAGAGACUUCUUCAUGAGGAUGAAGUGCACAGUGACAAACCGUGGACGCACUGUCAACCUGAAAUCAGCCAGCUGGAAGGUUCUGCACUGCACGGGCCACCUCAAGGUGUACAACAGCUGCACCCCUCAUGGGCUGUGUGGGUUCAAGGAGCCUCCUCUCACCUGCCUGCUGAUAAUGUGUGAGCCCAUCCCCCACCCCUCCAACAUCGACACACCCCUGGACAGCAAGACCUUCCUGAGCCGUCACAGCAUGGACAUGAAGUUCACCUACUGUGACGACAGAGUCACUGAGCUGAUGGGCUACAGUCCUGAAGACCUGCUGGGCUGCUCUGUCUAUGAGUUGUACCACGCCCUCGAUUCUGACAGUGUCACCAAGAGCCACCAGAACCUGUGCAGUAAAGGCCAGGCAGUGAGUGGAAAAUAUCGUAUGCUGGCCAAACAUGGAGGCUACGUGUGGGUGGAGACCCAGGGCACAGUCAUCUACAACAGCCGGAAUUCCCAGCCGCAGUGUAUUGUCUGUGUCAACUAUGUCCUCAGUGACGUGGAGAACAAGUCCAUGAUCUUCUCCAUGGACCAGACUGAGUCCCUGGUCAAGCCACACAACAUGAACAGCUUCUUCAGUCAGAGUUGUGCUGCGGUGGCCACGGAGCCCAUGGAGAUCCUGUUCACCAAACUGAAAGAGGACCCAGAGGACCUUGCUCAACUGGCCCCCACACCUGGAGACGCCAUCAUCACCCUUGACUUUGGAAGGCCACCAUUUGAGGAGCCUCAUCCUCCUUUAUACCCCACGUUGUCUCCCAUGCCUCCCCCGGCCCCUCAGGGCUGGGAUAGUGAUCUCCACAAACCCUGCCCAUCAGGAGACAUGUCCAAACGAAUGGCUGCCACUUUCUCAGUACCCCAGAACCCUACACCGGGCAGCGCCACCCCCAGCACUGCCCCCCCUAGCCUGAGCAGUUAUUCCACGCCCAGCAGCCCAGGGGAUUACUACAAUGAGAGAGAGAGCGACUUGAAGGUAGAGCUGACUGAGAAGCUCUUUGCUCUCGACACAGAGGGGCCCAAGAGCCCUGGGAGCACCCAGUCGGCCCUGAGUGAUCUGGACCUGGAGACCCUGGCACCCUACAUCCCCAUGGACGGAGAGGACUUCCAGCUCCAUCCCAUCAUUCCUGAGGAGGUGCCUGGAGGCCCAGAGGGGGCCAAUGGCCCACUGGGCCACCUCACCACACAGAAUAGCUUCAGCAACAUCGCCAGCCUCUUCCAAAACCUGAGAUCCCCACAGUCUGACCACUACCAGCCCGCCAAGUGUGCCCCAGGAGACAAGAGAGGCCCCAACCACAGCCAAAUGAGCCCCAUGGACUCCAGGCCUACUCUGCCAUACACAGGCCCCACACAGGUCCCCCCCUACCACGCCCCAGCCAGCACACCUCUGUCCUCCAUGGGUGGACAUCAAAACCUGCAGUGGCCCCCAGAUCCUCCGUUAAACUCUCUACUACAGGUGAACUCCAUGGGCAGAAGCCACUCAUGUCAGAACAUGCCAGUCAACAUGAUGCACAAGCAGAGGUCAAUGGAGAACUUUGUCCAGGCCUACAGAGACAUGAGUCCCACCAGAAUCUCCAUAGCCAACAACAUCAAGCGCUCCUUCACACAAAUGGCAGUGGGUGACACCACCCUCAGUACUCCUUCAAAGAUGAUGCGGAAUGAAAGCUAUGCCAUCAUGGACAGAUCUCUCAGCACCAGCUCACUGGAAGUUAAAGGUAUGUGCAUACCUGGGGGUGUUGACAAGUGUCUCAUUCCCCUUCAGCGGCACAGGAAGUCCCGGUAUCCAGGAUGUGUAAUUGGUACAUCCAGAAAAUCCUUCCCCAAACAGUGUUGCAACUACAAAGAACACCGUAUGCUGCCCUCCUCCAAAACAGAGGGGGUUGCCAGUCGGUUGUUGGGCCCAUCCAUUGAGACCUAUUGUCUGCCAGAGCUCACCCGCUACGACUGUGAGGUCAACGUCCCUCUCCAGGGCAACCUACACCUGCUGCAGGGCAGUGACCUGCUGAGAGCCCUGGACCAGGCCACCUAGACCAAGCCCUACACCCUCUACUCCCCUACCCUACCCUGGACCAGGCCACCUAGACCCAGCCCUACACCCUCUACUCCCCUACUCUACCCUGGACCAGGCCACCUAGACCCAGCCCUACACCCCCUACUCCCCUACUCUACCCUGGACCAGGCUACCUAGACUGAGCCCUACACCCCCUACUCCCCUACCCUACCCUGGACCAGGCUACCUAGACUGAGCCCUACACCCUCUACUCCCCUACCCUACCCUGGACCAGGCCACCUAGACCCAGCCCUACACCCUCUACUCCCCUACCCUUCCCUGGACCAGGCCACCUAGACCCAGCCCUACACCCCCUACUCCCCUACUCUACCCUGGACCAGGCCACCUAGACCCAGCCCUACACCCCCUACUCCCCUACUCUACCCUGGACCAGGCCACCUAGACCCAGCCCUACACCCCCUACUCCCCUACUCUACCCUGGACCAGGCUACCUAGACUGAGCCCUACACCCCCUACUCCCCUACCCUUCCCUGGACCAGGCCACCUAGACCCAGCCCUACACCCCCUACUCCCCUACUCUACCCUGGACCAGGCUACCUAGACUGAGCCCUACACCCUCUACUCCCCUACUCUACCCUGGACCAGGCCACCUAGACCCAGCCCUACACCCCCUACUCCCCUACUCUACCCUGGACCAGGCCACCUAGACCCAGCCCUACACCCCCUACUCCCCUACCCUACCCUUGGACGUGGCUACCUAGACCCAGACCUAUACCCCCUCCCCAACUUUACCCUCCCCUCCCCUACCUAAAUAUAUCCAUCUUCAACCCCACCCUUACCCUCCAAUAGCCUUAACCAAUACAAUUUAGACCUCUUUACAACCCUGACUGAGGCCUCAGCCAAGCCCCCACCCCUGCCCCAAAGACCUAGCACAUUCAAGAUACAGUUUAAGAUGAACGUUUACAUACAAUUGGGUUGGUCAUUAAAACUCGUUUUUCAACCACCACACAAAUGUCUUGUUAACAAACUAUAGUUUUGUCAAGUCGGUUAGGCCCUCUACUUUGUACAUGACGCAAGUAAUUUUUCCAACAAUUGUUUACAGACACAUUAUUUAACUUAUAAUUCAAUUUAUCACAAUUCCAGUGUGUCAGAAGUUUGCAUACACUAAGUUGACUGUGCCCUUAAACAGCUUGGAAAAUUCCAGAAAAUGAUGUCAUGGCUUUAGAAGCUUCUGUUAGGCUAAAUGACAUCAUUUGAGUCAAUUGGAGGUGUACCUGUGGAUGUAUUUCAAGGCCUACCUUCAAACUCAGUGCCUGUUUGCUUGACAUCAUGGGAAAAUCUAAAGAAAUCAGCCAAGACCUCAGAAAAAAAAUUGAAGACCUCCACAAGUCUGGUUCAUCCUUGGGAGCAAUUUCCAAGCGCCUGAAGGUACCACGUUCAUCUAUACAAACGAUAGUACGCAAGUAUAAACACCAUGGGACCACGCAGCCAUCAUACCGCUCAGGAAGGAGAUUCUGUCUUCUAGAGAUGAACAUACUUUGGUGCGAAAAGUGCAAAUCAAUCCCAGAACAACAGCAAAGGACCCUUUUAAGAUGCUGGAGGAAACAGGUACAAAAGUGUCUAUAUCCACAGUAAAACGUGUCCUAUAUUGACAUAACCUGAAAGGCCGCUCAGCAAGGAAGAAGCCACUGCUCCAAAACCGCCAUAAAAAAGCCAGACUACGGUUUGCAACUGCACAUGGAGACAAAGAUUGUACUUUUGGAGAAAUGUACUCUGGUCUGAUGAAACUGUUUGGCCAUAAUGACCAUCGUUAUGUUUGGAGGAAAAAGGGGGACGCUUGAAAGCCAAAGAACCUCCUCCCAACCGUGAAGCACGGAGGUGGCAGCAUCAUGUUGUGGGGGUGAUUUGCUGCAGGAGGGACUGGUUCACUUCACAAAAUAGAUGGCAUCAUGAGGAAGGAAAAGUAUGUGGAUAUAUUGAAGCAACAUCUCAAGACAUCAGUCAGGAAGUUAAAGCUUGGUCACAAAUGGGUAUUCCAAAUGGACAAUGGCACCAAGCAUACUUACAAACUAGUGGCAAAAUGGCUUAAGGACAACAAAGUCUAGGUAUUGGAGUGGCCAUCCCAAAGCCCUGACCUCAAUCCUAUAGAAAAUGUGUGGGCAGAACUGAAAAAGCGUGUGCGAGCAAGGAUGCCUAUAAUCCUGACUCAGUUCCACCAGCUCUGUCAGGAGGAAUGGGCUAAAAUUCACCCAACUUAUUGUGGGAAGCCUGUGGAAAGCUACCCGAAACGUUUGACCCAAGAAAAAAACAGUUUAAAAGCAAAACUACCAAAUACUAAUUGAGUGUAUAUAAACUUCUGACCCACUGGGAAUGUGAUGAAAGAAAUAUAAGCUUAAAUAAAUAAUUCUCUCUACUAUUAUUCUGACAUUUCAUAUUGGUGAUCCUAAUUAUCCUAAGACAGGGAAUUAAAUGUCAGGAAUUGUGAAAAACUGAGUUUAAAUGUAUUUGGCUAAGAUGUAUGUAAACUUCCGACUUCAACUGUAGUACUACUCCUCCACACCUUACCCCACCCGACCAUACCAAGCCCCAUAUGAACCCGUUCCAUUGGCUAAUCCUCCUCUUUAUCCAUCCACCCUACUGCCUCUAUGUAUCAUUAGAAAACAUGUGUUUUCUAUUUUGUCAUCUUUAUCGUCAUAAAUUAUAUACCACAGGAGGCUGGGGAGGGGAGGACGGGUCAUAAUAAUGGCUGGAUUGGAACUCAUGUAAUGGUAUUAAAACACAUAGAAACCAUGUAUUGAUGUGUCUGAUAAUUCCAUUCCAGCCAUUACCCACCAUUCUCCCCAAUUAAGGUGCCACCAGCCUCCUGUGGGAGGAGGCAUUUUUAGUUCUGAGUCUAUUUCUGUUUCAUCGAUCUCAAGGUCUAUGUUGUCCCCCCAGUUGUGUGAUCUGUAGCAGGGGGAUGUCAUACUUUUCCUCUUUCACAAUCUCUACCCGUCCGUCCGUCCGUCCGUCUGUCUGUCUGUCUGUCUGUCUGUCCGUCCGUCCGUCCGUGCAUUUGGCGCUGUUAGAGACAAAUUAACAAACACAACCGUCUAAAAUCUGGACGGUACAUUAUCUACUGUAAGCAUGAUAUCUGUGGUUUUCCUUCCUUUUCCCUUAACGGCUACCUUCCUUCAAUCCCAUUGACCUAGUCUGUCUCUCACUGCCUUUGACUGGUGUCUGUUUGGCCUUGAAGUUGAUUGGUCAUUGGAAGUUGAUUGGUCAAAUCAGAGCAUGCCUUUACAUUGGGAGAAUAGUCCUACUUUUGGUGCCUUUGUUAUGGCAUCAGAGGUCAUAUCAGGAUCAGGGAGACUUUGGCCUUGAUCACAAGAGGCUGGUGAGAGGAGGACAGUGCAUAAUAAUGACUGGAAUGAAGUGAUUGGAAUGGUCAAUACCAUUCCAUUCCAUCCAUUACUAUGAGUCCAUCCUCCCCAAUUAAGGUGCCACUAGACGCCUGUGGUCUAGAUUCAAUCAUAUCAAACGUUAACUGGCUAUAGCUGACACCCGCAUAAAUCACCCGCAGAUUUGGUCACAUAAACAUAUUUAGCAGAUGUUAUUGUGGGUGUAUCGAAAUACCUGUGUUCCUAGCUCCAACAUUGCAGUAGUAUCAAUUCACAAUAAUACACACAAAUACAAAGUAAAAGAAUGGAAUUAAGAAAUAUAUAAAUAUUAGGACGAGCAAUGUCAGAGUGGCUUUGACUAAAAUACAGCAGAAUAGAAUACAGUAUAUACAUAUGAAAUGAGUAAAGCAGUAUUUAAACAUUAUUCAAGUAGCCAGUGAUUCCAUGUCUAUGCAUAUAGUGCAGCAGCCUGUAAGGUGCAGGGAUGAGUAACCGGGUGGUAGCUGAUGCUUUGGUGGUGUCGGAGGGUUAACUGCGUUGGAGCUGUCAAAACAGAGUGGCUGCUGGUCAUUGUCAGGAAGACCCACCCAUCCCACUCCCAUUAGAAGUUCAGAAGAUGAAAGUGUAUUAUACAUAGAAAUAAUGAUGCUGAAAUUAUGAGGGUUUCUAUCAUCCUAAUGGUGUAGAUUACAUCUCACAUUCCAGUGUUAAAACUUGUAGACAAAGCUGCAAGGGAUUUCUCUUAAUGUGACUCCAUGCAGCCAAUGGCAACGUCCGCUUGAGGUAUAAUGCCAGGAGCCGCUUGUGGAUUUGAUAGCUCUAACGCAGUUCCACCUCCAACACCACCAGUACAACUGCUAUGAGGGUGUCGGCUAGCACAGAUCUGAUAGAAUUUAGCCCUUAGUUUAAGAGAUGAGGCUAUCGACAUUCAGACAGUUUUUCUGGAUUCCUUCUCUUUCUUCCUGUCUCUUUCUCUUUUUUGAAGGUAUUUGUCUUUGUGUGCUAACCCCUUUAAAUUUUGACUUUAGCUUUGUACACACAUAUACAGUACAUUUAAAGACAUAAGCUCGAAAGUUUCUACUAUAAUGUCAAGAUAGUGUUUUAGUGUCUUGGUACUUUGUCUUAUCGACCCGGUAGAUACAGAUUGUAUUCCUGUGUUUUAGAUGUUACUCCAUAGUGCUGGUGUCUUUUUUUGUACAAGUAUAAUGAAUUACUUGGCAGGCCAGUAGUGAUCUGUUAUUGCGCUUUAAAGAAAAUUGAGAGAAAAAAAUAUGAAAGAUACACAGUACUAGUCAAAAGUUUGGACUCUGUAUUUUCUGUAUUUUUAUUAUUUUCUACAUUGUAGAAUAACAUGAAGCAGGUUGAGAGAAUGCCAAGAGUGUGCAAAGCUCUCAUCAAGGCAAAGGACGGCUACAAGAAUUAAAAAUGUUUUUAGAUUUGUUUAACACUUUUUUGGUUAUUAAAUGAUUCCACAUGUGUUUCACAGUUGUAAUUUUUAUUCUAGUUUUUUUUUUACUUGAAUGAGUAGGUGUGUCCAAACUUUUGACAGGUGCUGUAUAAUUUUGAAUAUUGUAAACAAAUUAAAUUGACACAGUAAUCUCUUUCAACAGUAUCUAAAAAGGUGCUGAUGCUUUAUGUAUAGAUAUAAAGUAAUCUCUUUCAACAGUAUCUAAAAAGGUGCUGAUGCUUUAUGUAUAGAUAUAAAGUAAUCUCUUUCAACAGUAUCUAAAAAGGUGCUGAUGCUUUAUGUAUAGAUAUAAAGUAAUCUCUUUCAACAGUAUCUAAAAAGGUGAUGGUGCUUUAUGUAUAGAUAUAAAGUAAUCUCUUUCAACAGUAUCUAAAAAGGUGCUGAUGCUUUAUAGAUAGAACCAUCUAGCAUUUGUAGGGGAAUCUUUAUAUGUUUAUUGGAUCCACUUUUAUUAACACUGUAUUUUGAUGUUGUUGUUUAUUUUUCUUGCUGACAUUGUCUUUAAAGGUGAUUUAUAGCUCCAUAAGGAUUGAGAUAGUGACACAUUUGUUGUUGUUUUAGCUCUGUAAUCCAGCACUUUGGAUUUGAUAUAUUAUAUAAUAUAAUGAGGUCAAAGUGCAGACUGUCAGCUUCAAUUUGAGGGUAUUUUUAUCCAUAUUGGGUGAACCGUUUAGGAAUUACAGCACUAGUUGUGCAAAGUUACAGCCGCACAAAUAUCAUACCCCCUCAAAAAUGAUAACCUCCCCUUUUAUUUUAAUGUGAGAGGUUAGCAUGUCUUGGAGGUAUGAUAUUUGUGCAUCUGGAACUUUCCCACUCAUCAUUAUUCACAAUGAAUUCAGGACUAUUCAUAAUCAUUUUAGCAUCCACAUUAAUGUAGAAGUGUAGAAGAAACAGAUUUUAUAAUUAUUUACAAUGUGACCAAAAUGACACAGUACAUUAUUUAGAAUUAACUUCUAUUGCGCACAAAAUACUCUGAAACUCAACCAAAAUAAACAGCAAAUGCAUCCAAAUGCAUUGUAGAGUCACAAGCUUGAUGUAAUCAAUGCGUGCUAGGAAUAUGGGACUAAAUAUUUAACUUUUGACUACUUUAAUACUGCCCUACCAAACAGAAAGGUAGUAACUGCUCAUAGCGUGGAACUGAGAAAAAUGGCUUUUAUUUAUUUACCUUGGUUUACUUUGUGCAGUUACUGCUAACAUGACCCCCAUUUUCUCCAAAACACAAUACAAUAGAGGCAGGAUACUUGUCCAUAUGAUUAAGCAUGUAUUUAAUGUAGCAAAAAUGACGUUAACUCUCAUACACAUAAGUGAAUUUGCCCCAAAACCUUUGGUCAAAUAAAAUGGGGGGGACUAUGUUCAAAAAGUGCUCUAAUUCCUAAACGGUUCAACCAAUAUGGAUGAAAUACCCUCAAAUUAAGCUGAUAGUCUGCACUUUAACAUCAUAAUCAUUGUAUUAUUUUAAAAUCCAAAGUCCUGGAGUAUAGAGACAGAAUAACAACAACAAAUGUCCCAAUACUUUGAGCUCACUGUAAUUUGCCUUAACAUUGCCUUAAGGUUGUCUCAAUGUUGAUUCAGCCCAGUGUUAUGCCCUUCAAAUGCACAGAUUGUCUCUGUAAACAUAGACGUCCAAUAAAACAAACACUAUACGAAUCCUGAUGUUUAGCUUGGCGAGCCCUAGCUUAAGAUCCGGUAUGUUGACUAUAUGUAAUUAUGUUGAGUAUAUGUCAUUAGUCCAGUGUAGACCUCCCCUAGUUGUGAUAACGAGAGAUGUUUUGAGGAGACAAUUCUAGAAGGAUAAAGAAUCUGAUUCACUACGUCGACCUACAGAUGUGGUCAAAUAUAUUGUCACCCUUUUGCACUUUACAAUGGAGUGCAAUGGAGCAGAAUGUUGAAUGGCUAUUUUUACCCUGUAGGCACCUGCAACUUACCACAGGUUAAAUAAAUGACACAGUAAUUGAGAAUCAUUUCCUCCAACCAAAUUAUACUGAACAAAAAUAUAAACGUCAAAUGAAAGAUUUCGCUGCGUUACAGUUCAUAUAGGAAAUCAGUCAAUUGAACUAAAUUAAUUAGGCCCUAAUCUAUUUAUUUCACAUGACUGGGAAUAUAGAUAUGCAUAUGUUGAUCACAGAUACCUUAAAAAAAAAAGUAUGGCGUGGAUCAGAAAACCAGUCAGUAUCUUGCCUCAUGUUGCGUGACACACAUCAUUUUCAAAGUUGAAUCAGGCUGUUGGUUGUGGCCUGUGGAAUGUUGUCCCACUCCUCUUCAGUGGCUGUGUGAAGUUGUUGGAUAUUGGAGGGAACUGGAACACGCUGUGGUACACGUCAAUCCAGAGCAUCCAAAACAUGCUCAAUAGGUGACAUGUCUGGUGACUAUGCAGGCCAUGGAAGAACGGGGACAUUUUCAUCUUCCAGGAAUUGUGUACAGAUCCUUGUGAAAUGGGGCUGUGCAUUAUCAUGCUGAAACAAGAGGUGAUGGCAGCGGAUGAAUGGCACGACCAUCGUUCUCAGGAUUUCAUGUGGGUUUGGGUAGUUCAAUAAUAAGAGGCUGUAAUGUGGUGCAGAGGGUGUUAAUCAGAGAGGGUGAUAUGUCUGUCCUACAUUGGUCCAGCAUCAUUUCAUUGAAAGGAGGUGGAAACAAUGCUGAUUCAACCAGUGUGCCCCCAGUGUGUGAGAACUUUAACGACCAACCGUCAAUACCAAAUACUCAGGCACUUCCCUUGACCUCUUGGUAGCAUAUGUUUUGUCAAUACCAGUGGAUGCUGCUGAGGGGAGGACGGAUCAUAAUAAUGGCUGGAACGGAGUGAAUGGAAUGGCAUAAAACACAUGAAAAUCAUUGGUUUGGUGUUUUUGAUACCUUUCCACAUAUUCCGCUCCAGCCAUUACCACGUGCCCACAUUCCCCAAUUAAGGUGCCACCAACCUCCUAUGGUCGAUACACAAAUCUCAAAAUCAAAACGGUUGAACCUCAUUAUUUCUGUGCUAGACUCAGUAAUAGUUACAUGUAGAGCAAUGGGUGGCAGAAACCUGUUGAAACCUUUUGGGACCUGUUGGGACCUGUUGUAACAAAUGGUGAUAGAGCUAUAAGACAGUGACAGAAGUAAGACGGAGAGCUGAGGAGAGCUGAGGGACAGAUAGAGAGGGACUGUGGUGCUGAACUGUGACUGACAGAUAGAGAGGGACUGUGGUGCUGAACUGUGACUGACAGAUAGAGAGGGACUGUGGUGCUGAACUGUGACUGACAUAUAGAGAGGGACUGUGGUGCUGAACUGUGACUGACAGAUAGAGAGGGACUGUGGUGCUGAACUGUGACUGACAUAUAGAGAGGGACUGUGGUGCUGAACUGUGACUGACAUAUAGCGAAAGGGACUGUGGUGCUGAACUGUGACUGACAUAUAGAGAGGGACUGUGGUGCUGAACUGUGACUGACAUAUAGAGAGGGACUGUGGUGCUGAACUGUGACUGACAUAUAGAGAGGGACUGUGGUGCUGAACUGUGACUGACAUAUAGAGAGGGACUGUGGUGCUGAACUGUGACUGACAUAUAGAGAGGGACUGUGGUGCUGAACUGUGACUGACAUAUAGAGAAAGGGACUGUGGUGCUGAACUGUGACUGACAUAUAGAGAGGGACUGUGGUGCUGAACUGUGACUGACAGAUAGAGAGGGACUGUGGUGCUGAACUGUGACUGACAUAUAGAGAGGGACUGUGGUGCUGAACUGUGACUGACAUAUAGAGAAAGGGACUCUGGUGCUGAACUGUGACUGACAUAUAGAGAGGGACUGUGGUGCUGAACUGUGACUGACAUAUAGAGAGGGACUGUGGUGCUGAACUGUGACUGACAUAUAGAGAGGGACUGUGGUGCUGAACUGUGACUGACAUAUAGAGAGGGACUGUGGUGCUGAACUGUGACUGACAUAUAGAGAGGGACUGUGGUGCUGAACUGUGACUGACAUAUAGAGAGGGACUGUGGUGCUGAACUGUGACUGACAUAUAGAGUAGGACUGUGGUGCUGAACUGUGACUGACAUAUAGAGAGGGACUGUGGUGCUGAACUGUGACUGACAUAUAGAGAGGGACUGUGGUGCUGAACUGUGACUGACAUAUAGAGAGGGACUGUGGUGCUGAACUGUGACUGACAGAUAGAGAGGGACUGUGGUGCUGAACUGUGACUGACAUAUAGAGAGGGACUGUGGUGCUGAACUGUGACUGAUGCACUUAUUUCUCCACCGUACUUCACACAUUAUUCAGCUCAUCGCUUUCUCUUCCUCCCUCUCUGUCAUCCUCUCUCUUUCCCCCCCUCUCCCUCCUUCCCUCCCUCUCUGUCAUCCUCUCUCUUUCCCUCCUUCUCUCCAUCCCUCUCUGUCAUCCUCUCUCUUUCCCUCCCUCCUUCUCUCCCUCCCUCUCUGUCAUCCUCUCUCUUUCCCUUCCUCUCUCCCUCCCUCCCUCCCUCCCUCUCUGUUAUCCUCUCUCUUUCCCUCCCUCUCUGUCAUCCUCUCUCUUUCCCUCCUUCUCUCACUCCCUCUCUGUCAUCCUCUCUCUUUCCCUCCCUCUCUCCCUCCCUCUCUGUCAUCCUCUCUCUUUCCCUCCCUCCUUCUCUCCCUCCCUCUCUGUCAUCCUCUCUCUUUCCCUCCCUCUCUCUCUCCCUCCCUCUCUGUCAUCCUCUCUCUUUCCCUCCCUCCUUCUCUCCCUCCCUCUCUGUCAUCCUCUCUCUUUCCCUCCCUCUCUCCCUCCCUCCCUCUCUGUCAUCCUCUCUCUUUCCCUCCCUCUCUCCCUCCCUCCCUCUCUGUCAUCCUCUCUCUUUCCCUCCCUCCUUCUCUCCCUCCCUCUAUGUCAUCCUCUCUCUUUCCCUCCCUCCUCUCCCUCCCUCUCUGUCAUCCUCUCUCUUUCUCUCCCACCUCUCCCUCCCUCUCUGUCAUCUUUCCCUCCCUCCCUCUCUCCCUCCCUCUCUGUCAUCCUCUCUCUUUCCCUCCCUCCUCUCCCUCCCUCUCUGUCAUCCUCUCUCUUUCCCUCCCUCCCUAUCUCCCUCUCCCUCUGUCAUCCUCUCUCUUUCUCUCUCUCCCUCUCCCUCUGUUAUCCUCUCUCUUUCCCUCCCUCCCUCUCUCCCUCUCUCUCUGUCAUCCUCUCUCUUUCUCUCCCUCUCCCUCCCUCUGUCAUCCUCUCUCUUUCCCUCCCUCUCCCCCCCUCUAUUAUCCUCUCUCUUUCUCUUCCUCUCCCUCUCUCUCUGUCAUCCUCUCUCUUUCUCUCCCUCUCCCUCCCGCCGUCAUCCUCUCUUUCCCUCCCUCCCUCUCUCCCUCUCUCUCUGUCAUCCUCUCUCUUUCUCUCCCUCUCCCUCCCUCUGUCAUCCUCUCUCUUUCCCUCCCUCUCCCUCCGUCAUCCUCUCUCUUUCUCUCCCUCUCCCUCUCUCUCUGUCAUCUUCUCUCUUCUGUCCCUCUCCCUCCCUCUGUCAUCCUCUCUCUUUCCCUCCCUCCCUCUCUCCCUCUCUCUCUCUGUCAUCCUCUCUCUUUCUCUCCCUCUCCCUCCCUCUCCCUCCCUCUCGCUUUCCCUCCCACGUUCAAUUUUAGGAUCAGCCCUGUCAAGUUUAGCUAUCAUGUCAACCUUAGAACAUUUUAGACAAAAUAUUGUUUCCACUGUUAAUGGAAAUAUAGACGCCGUGAGUUCCUCCAAAGACAUGAGAAAAUAAGCUCCUUGUUGUCGUUGAGCCAAAGUGAAUGGAAUGUGGAACGUUUCCUUAAAUUAGCCAUGUUCCAUAUAAAUAAACACAAGGAUAAAAUGAUGGGAUGUAUAAUUUCAUAUAUUUAUUUAUUCUAUGGGAAUGAGGAGGAGUACAUAAAUGAGUUACCGAUAGUUAGAUCAGACCACUCCGUUAGCUGAAACAUUUCUGGUGUUGGUCCCUAGAUGCACAAAUAUGCAGUAUUUAACAGAUAAAACCAAGAAAAAUUCCAUGCUUUGCAUUUGUGAUUUUAAACUUCUUUGAGUUAAAAUUUCUUGUUAUUACUUGAAUUUGAAGCGAUAGAAAAACCAAAGUAAGAUAAAGAUAAAGUUCUCCACCUUGCAGGCCAUGCUCCUGUUCCUGACGGAGAUGAGUCAAGGCUGAGAUGUCAGAUACAACUGCAGAUGUGAUUUGGCCUAAAUUGAGUUCCGGUAUGUGAGAAGAGUCACAAAAUAACUGCAGAAACAAGGCGUAGCACCAGUCCUAGCUGGAGCUACUGUGACACUUCAAGGGCCAAAAAACAACAUUUAGCAAUAUGAAUAAUUGAACAAUCUCAGUUCUCAUCCUCUUUAAUGGCAAUAUCAGCAUUCUAGGCUACUAAAUAUAAUGAGGGUUGUUUUUUCUGCUUUUAUCCAUUACAUUUUUGGAUGUCUUAGUUAUUUUAGAUGAUCCUAUGAUUUAUAUAGAAUUCAUUAUAUUGUUAUUAUUUUUGAUAUUACUGUAUAGGGAAUUUAACCCAAUAAGAUGUAUUUCUGCACUGAUUUCUUAUUAAAGUGUACUGAUCUGCCA